UUUAAGGUUUAAGAGUCCAAAAUGAAGUAUCUACUUGUGUUGGUUGUUGUAUGGGAGCUUUCCCAAGGAGCUAUUAAUCCGAAUCUUGUACGUAAGCUAACCUGCAGAAAAUCGAAUCCUGAUUUUGAAAAAUGCUUCACGAAAACAUUAACCACAUUCCUGCCUGUUGUCAUGAACGGUGUUCCUGAUUUGGGAAUUCCAGCCCUGGAUCCUCUGAAACUUCCAGAACUAGCUAUACAGCAGAAUAUUGCUGGUUUCGGUGAAAUUUCGGGCAAGUUUACUGACUUGAAACUUGAAGGAUUCAAAGGCGUGGUAUUUGAUCAAAUGAAGGUGGACCCGGUAAAUCUAUAUGGAGCAAUUAAACUAACUAUACCAUCGAUUCAUAUUGAAACCGAUUACAAUAUUGAUGGUAGAAUAAUGCACUUGGUAAUAAACAACGAAGGACAUUUCAUAGGAAAUUUUAGUGAUAUAAAAAUGUCCAUGAAAAUAAGUCUUACUACGUUUAAGAAGGAAGACGGUAUGGAGUAUUUUAAAAUAAAUAAGCUGACUCAAAAUAUCAAAAUAGGCAACGGUCACAUCAAAUUGGAAUCAAAGGAUAAAAGUUUCCAGCACAUGUUGAAUGUGGCGGAAAAUUUUUUCAACAGCAACCCCUCGAUGAUUUUAAGUAUGGCUAGUAAUAUGAUUAGUGUUCAGUCCGUACAGAUGACAAAGGAAAAGUUAAACGACGUUUUGGGCUCUUUCCCAGCUUCUGUUUUGUUACCAGACUAAAAAGUAAUAUGUUAUGUACGGCUAAAGAUAGUGUAAAUAA